AAAAAGUGGAUGAUAAUGAUGGUCAAUAUGAUAAACAUCCGAAUGAAGCAGUGAAAAAUGAAGAGCUCACUUAUAACAGUGGCGCGAUGUCAAUACACCCAUGGCCCAUUUGGAGAGCCAUCGGUAAAGCAAUAAGUACGCCCAUUUGCAAAAUGUUUAGUUGGUUAUUAAAUCGCUGUAUGACACGAACUUUAAAGUCAUCAACGGCAGAAUUUGAAAUGUGCAGUAGAUGCGACAAGAAUCAACUACGACUAGAAACAUACAUGUCGCCCCAUGUGAGAAGUGUUUUUUACAGAGGAGAAAGGGAAUUUCAACCUUUGCUGCCUGGCAUUGUAAAAUUUAAGUAUUUAAUGCUUAAUUAUAAAAAAAUUAUAACGUUUUUGAUUGGAACAAUUAGUGCAACUAUUUAUAUCCUGAAGGUCAGUGUCAAUACCAGAGCAGAUAUAUAUACUGCUGUGAAGGAUAAUGCACCAAAUUUACCCAAUACAGUAAAAAUAGAGUCAAAUUUAAGGUCAUCGGUUAAAAAUGCAGUCGUGCCUCAUUUAGUACUAGACACAUUGUACUCAAAUGUGAAUGAAAAGCUUGCAUCUAUAGAAUUUAAAUAUGCGCUUGUUGAGCCUAUAAUAAUUGGAUCUAUGGGAUUGACUUUUUUAUCAGCACAAGGAACAUCUGCUAAUGCAUCUGCCUCUAUUUAUUUCGCUUCCAACGCUAUGCAGUAUUUUAUUGACGUUCGGAAAGCAGAUAAGAGCACAUCAAAUAUAAUAUUGUUAUAUUUGCAACUCUUUAAUGGCUACCGCAGUCAAAUCCCUAGUGUUAGUGUGAAGGUGAAAAAAUUUCGGUGAACCUCUUGAAAUAAAAAUUAAGUGUUAAAUUUUAAAGCGUACUAUAAGCGUAAAGUUAAUAAUAUUUAGUAAUAAAUAACUUUAGCGAUAAACAGGUAAAACAAAUUUUAGAAAAACAGUAUAUGCACUCAAAUUAUGAAAUUAAUGCUAAAAAUAUAAAUCUGAAGUUGUGCAUACAUUUCAUAUAAGUUUUUUGUAAAUACAUUCGAACCCAAGUGUGUGUAAAUGACACACACCCACGCCUACAACACACAUGCAAGCGUGCGUGUAUAUGGACACAUAUACUUAUUCAAUGUCACAUGAAUAAACUCCAUACUUGCGUUAAGAAUUUUUAGUGCAUGUAUUUACGAGUAAGUUGUGGGCUUAUAACUAAGAUCACAAUGGCAAAAUGGAACGCACUAUCGUAUACAAGAUUUGUUUUCCCAAUUUUAUGUUGUUCAUUACUAACACAUAAUAAUUUAUUUGCAAUCUUAUUAAACAAAGCGGAAAUAGAAGUUUCCCCAAGUCCUAGAUUCCGAUGCCGUAAUGAAGUGUACAAAGAGUUGACACGGAAUCAAAUUUUAUAAUGUUGACGAAAUGCGUUAAAGGAAUUCGAUUUCAUAUCAAAUUCUAAAAUCAGCUUACGAGUUACGAUUUAAUAACGCAAUGUGUUUGGCUUGACAUCAGAAACUGGCAUUAUAACGAUAACGAUACUAUUUAAACUCGAUCACUAUCGAAGACUCGAAAACAAUUUACGGUAUUUAAUUCAGAUUUCAUACCUUUAUAUGUUUCCAACAAAGCCAAAACAUAGGUUUGAGAGAAUUGCCAACUGUGUUUGAUGGAAGUUGUGUUUACUUGUAAGUCGUUUGUUUACGUAUAUCUGAAAAUGUGUAUAUAUGUAUAUCUAAAUUUUAGACGCCGGCAGCAAAUCAAAUUGUCUCGAUAUUGACAAGCUGCAAAACAUUGUUGCCAUGUUUUGAUAAGAAUGGAAAAACAAGAGGGGAAAAUCACCUAAGUAAACAUUAUUGUCACCAUUCAAUAUCAAAAUACAUGCAAACCCUGCACCAUCAGGUAAAAUGCAACGUAUAAUUUUAAGUUUAUUCCAAUAAAAAUUAUUUUUGGACAAAUUCAUUGUUUUUCUUCUGUCAACUUCUAAUGAAUCCAUCUACGCAUAAGCAUUGAUUAUGUAGCCCACCAAAAUGGAAACGAAAUGCUUAACACUUGAAAACUAGAACGAUUUAACUUUUCGUUAAAAUAAUGUAGAGAUAGUUAUCAAUAUGCCCUUUAUUUUACAACCAAAAAGAUUUACAUGUAUAUGAAAAGUAUUUGUGAAAACAUCUACAGGGUCCGUCACUCGAAAUGUAACCAAUUCAAAAGGCCAUAUAUUUAGUUAGGAAAAUUACUUUUAUUCAAUUCAAAGUAAAAAAUGUGUGAAAAUAAUACAAAAUAAAGAAUCAAUUUACUUUUGUUCGAUAUGACCACCUUAUGCGUUGACUAUGGCCUUGAGACGGUCCAGAAACGAAACGCAAGCUGCCCGAAUGUGACUUGCAGGUAUUUUUUUUCAACGCCUCGAGACUGGUGAAUCUUUUAGUUCAGACCUUGCUCUCUAAAAUCUCGCAAAGGGAAUAAUCCAUCGUAUUCGUGUCUGGUUAAUUUCAAAGCCAUUAUGUGGACGUUAUGAAGUUCGGAACGUGGUUUUUUACUCAUUCUUGGUUCACUCGGGCUUUGAGAGACGGUGCCGAGUCCUGUUGAAACGUCCAUGGUCUGCCUCCGAAAUGUCUGUCCACGGCUUCAAAGCAUAGCAACGAUUACUCAAAUUCUCGUAUGAACGAUUAGUCAAAUAAACCUUAUCGUUUUGGGAGUUUACGAAUUGCUCAAUUUGCAAAAUUUUCUCUCACAAUGUUCGGAAAUUGACCGCUUUCGGCCAAGCGAAGCAACUCCUUCGCUCUCUCAAAUUUGACUUGUUGCUGCUUUG